UAAAAUCUUUCAAAUUCGCAGGCGGUGAUGAUUAUUGUUUGAAGAAGAGAUGAUUUUAAGCUUCGAAGCCAUCAUUUUCAUGUUCGUCAUCGUCAGAUCUCUCAUCAGGAAAUGACUUCAUUUCAUAGUGAAUUUCGAGGCUCAGAGAAGAUUUGUGAAGCGUCACGUGCUUGUCACAAGGAUCAAUUUCGGUGAUCGGACAAAGAAGAUAAAUGGAGGACACCCUGAGAGUGGAGCUAGGGCUUCUAACCAGAUAUUCGAGAGAUUUCAAUUUCUUCGGCGUGUAUGACGGAUAUGGAGGCUCACAUGUCGCGCACACUUGCCGUGACCAGUUACAUGGGUUAUUGAUGGGUGUUGAGAAGAUGGAUAAGGAAGUGAGUGAUUGUGGGAGGGCAGCGGCGUCGCAUAGUGCAGCUGCGUUGUCAGAGGUGACGAUAGGUUCGACUGCGGUGGUUGGAGAGGAGGAGAUCGUGGUUGCGAAUUGUGGCAAUUCGAGAGUUGUGCUGUCUCGAGGAGGUGUCGUAAUAUCUUUGUCUGAUGAUCAUAAGCCUAAUAGACCUGAUGAGUUGGAGAGAAUCAAAGGUGCUGGUGGAAAGGUUAUAAACUGGAAUGGGCAUCGAGUUCUUGCUACGUUGUUGUGA